CGGCGCCGCGGCGCCGGCGCCGAUCGCGCUGUAGCCGCGCCGCGCGCCGAGCUCCAUCAUCGCGGAGACCUGCGACGGCGCUCCUGCGGCGCCGGCCCGCGUCGCGCGCUGGGGUUUUUGCAAGGCAAAGUGCGCCGCGGGUUCGGCGCGCUUCGGGUACGUCGCGGCGCGCGGGAAAAUGUGACGCUUGACGAACGUCGACCGCGCGCGACCGCGUUUUCCGCGAGCUAUCCAACAGCGAAGUGCCCACCGCGGCGGUCUGCCACGGCGUGUUUUUAGCUAUCCAACAGCGAAAUGCCCUUGCCUCCGUGCCGUCGACACGCGUUUAGUCAACGCCGCACGCGCCGCCGUCCCAGCGUUUGGCGCCGCUCAAUCGAGCUAGCGAUGGUAAGACACUAGCAACAAAAAAUCCCACCCACGGCGACGCGCGAACUUGUUAGAAAACGCGCGAGACGCGCGGCGAGUCACAUCUAAACGCAUCCUUGCCCUUUGCAGACAAUAGUUGUGGAUCUACUGUAGACUGGUCUGCAACACAUCAAAUUGUCCAAGUGCUUCAGUCCCAGGGUGACUCGGCGAAGCAGCCGACCACGGCGACUCAGCGAGCGAUGGAGGAGUCCACGUCCACCCAACCGCCGAGGCGGCAAGCUGCGCGCAACGCAGAAGUUGUCAUAUCUCGCGCGGCGAACGACGCGGCCGCUCCACUCGCCCUAGAUGCCACGGUUGUGUGGCACGUGGCAGGCUUCAACCCACGAACAUCUGGAGCCUUCCGCCGCGCCGGCUGGGCACCGUGGCUCAGUGAAGACCGCGAACUGCCCUAUUUAUACGAGAACACCAGCACGAACAGGGUCGCUGUGUUUAGAGAAAACAUGUAUGACAGCAUGGGUCGCAGGAGGCGUCACUGGUGCGUGUGGGACGGUGAUAACCGAAGUCGACUAGCCGCGGUGCGGGCGGACAAACGCGCGAGACGCGUCGACUUUUUAGCCGGUAUUCAAACGAGUUUGAUAGCUGAGGCUGCCACGGUCGAUGGAGUAGAGAACCGCGGCUCGUCCUGGAGAAGGUCAGCACGUUGGAGACGGAGAUUUUUGGACGCCGUCGCCGUCGCCCUCAUUGCUGCCGGAGGGCUCGACGGCUCGGUUCUUACUGUUCGUGCCCCUUUGCGGGCUCGCGGGCCCCGGGCGCUUGCUGCCACUCUGGGGAUCAGCUGCCCUGGGCGGCUUGCCGCCCGUGCCGCCCUUGCCGCCCUUCUUUUUCGGCAUCGCUGCGCCGCGCGAGUGGCUUCGAGUGCGGGGUCAAAACGUCAAUCGGUGCGCCUGCCUAUGCGAUCGCGGCGCUGCGCGAGUUAAAUUGUAAUAAACUAGUGUCUU